AUGUAAGCUUUGUUUACUGUAUGUUGUGUAUACAGCCUAGUAUUAACUUUAUUAUUCAUGUGUACGUCGCCUAAAAGUAUGACACUGCGUAUAACAGGACAGCACACUCAAGGGAGAGUGAGAGAGAAGGCGGUUACAAAACGUCAAGUUGUGAGGGAAUUGUUAACCUGCUCAUUACCAUUAUAAUAGUAUUCUUAUAAAGACUAGAUUUAAAGUAAAUAAUAAAGAAAAUAGAAAAAGUAAACUUAAUUGAAGUGAUACAGUGUGAUCUACUAAUAUACUGGAUGUAAAAACCUUAAUUGUCGAUUUUUCUAUUUUAGGUUAGUACAUCGUGCGUUUAAACACGUGUUUUUCAUUUGAUUGUAAUAUUUAAGUGAUACUAACAUUAAACAUUUCUAUUUUAGAUAAAUCAAAAUUGUGUUUUUCUCCUGUAUCGUCCAACAUAUUAUAAAUCGACAAUUGUCAGAGUUGAUUGGAUAAAAGUAGAUCAUGUCGAGAUUGCAAUUUGAGGUUGAGUUGGCAGCGGAUGAAGAUCCGAAGAAUAAUAUCAUAAUCAUAAAAUCGAUAACAACCAAAGCCAAAAGCCAACCUAAUAUGGAUGAAAAAUUGUUAGAAAUAUUAGAGAAACUAAGUGAACAAAGUGAAAAACCCACUAUCAAUAAAGAAAAACAUAACAAUUUAAGCAAAUUAACUGAAAAAUUUGUUUUGAAGAAGUUUGAUAAUAAGAUCACCAACGCUAAACAAUGGUUGCAAAGUUUUGAGAGUGAAUGUACAAGAUUCGAUUUAACUGGUGAUACAGAAAAAAUUAGUGCCUUGAGAUUGUUUAUGAACGACUCGGAAAGUGACUGGUAUGAGUCAAUGUUAAUUAAGCAUAGUUUGAACUCACAGUGGAAAAUAUGGCAAGUAAGUUUUUUGGACACAUUUGCUUCUAAAAGUUGGUCCUCUGUAAUAUAUGCAUUGACUUACAAACAUUUCAAUGGCUCUCUACUGGAAUAUGCAUUGAAAAAACAGAGAUUGCUUUUAGAGUACAAUAGUGAUAUUGAUAACAGAACUCUCACUGACUUAAUUGCCGCAGGAUUGCCAGCUUAUAUUAGAAGCAAACUAGAUAGACAAGAGAUGACAAACCCUACUCUUCUGUUUAGUGCCCUACGUAUGCAUGAAAAUCAAAAUAAAAAUGUACAAAAAAGUUUUACUGAAAGAAAAAGUUCAACUAAACCAGAACUAGAAUUUAAAAAGAAAACACCAUGUCAAAUAUGUUACAAGAUUGGAAAGAAAAACAGAUUUCACUCGGAAGACUUGUGCUGGUUCAAAGAAAACAAGAACAAUAAUGAUAGUGUAAAACACUGUAAAAAUCUGAUGUUGGAGAUUGAUCAAUUCGAGGAUACAAAAAACUAAAUAUUCCCCCACUAAUAGAAGUUGAGGUUAUACUGAAUGACACCUUGAAAUGCACUGGUAUUUAUGACCCCGGCUCAAAUAUAACCUUAAUAAAUUCCAAAUUAAUAAAAGUAAAAAAUUCAAAGAUAAAUUACUUUGAAAAUAAAUUCAAUACAAUUGGUGGUGGGGGAAAAACAACAGGUUUAAUCAAAUUAAAUGGAAAAAUACUAAAUAUUGAAGAGGAAAUAAAUGCAUUUAUUUGCAAUGAUAAAAGUUUCACUCAUGAGUUGCUUUUGGGACUGGAUACAAUAAAGAGGUUUGGGUUGACCCAUGACAGGAACUUAAACAUCCAACUUCAAAAAAAUUACAACCCAAGUGUAAAUGAAUAUAUGAGGCCCACUGAAAAAAAAAAACAUAACAUUCAUGAAACUGUAACCAGAGAGUUAAAAUCAGAAAGAGUGAGUUAUGAAAUAAAUUUUAAUGAGGGUAUUGAUGUGAAUCGAUUUGAUAUAGACGUUGCCUACUUGGAAGAUGACCAGAGGAGAAAAAUUUGUGCAUUAUUAGACAGUUAUAAACAUAUAUUUGCAAAAGAUAAGUAUGAUGUCGGCAGAGUGAAAAAUUAUGAAGCAUUCAUAGAUUUACAAGUGGAACAAUAUUGCUCAAAAAGGCCAUAUAGAUGCUCAUUAGAUGAUAAAGAAGAAAUCGAGAAACAAAUUGGCAAAUUGCUAAAGAAUGAAUUGAUUGAAGAGUCUUAUAGCCCAUUCGCAGCACCAGUGACAUUGGCAUAUAAACGGGAUGAAGGGAAAAAGUCAAGACUAUGCAUCGACUUCAGAGAACUCAAUAAAAUUGUUGUACCACAGCCACAGCCAUUUCCUCUGAUAGAUGAUCUGAUGGUAAAAACGAUAAACUGUAAGUAUUUUACUACUCUCGAUAUUAACUCUGCAUUUUGGUCUAUACCAUUGAGAAUCAGCGACAGAGAGAAGACAGGUUUUGUUACACAGGAAGGUCAUUAUCAAUGGACGUGCCUUCCUUUUGGACUAAAAACAUCUCCAGCUAUUUUCCAAAGAAUUUUGACAAAUAUAAUAAGAAAACAUAACCUGUCCAAUUUUGUAAUGAAUUAUAUCGAUGAUAUAAUGGUAUUCUCGAAAACUUUUGAUGAACAUGUUGAACAUUUAUCAAAAUUACUGGAUGCAAUUGCUGAAGAAGGAUUCCGUCUGAAAUUAACAAAAUGUAAAUUUGCAGCACAGUCAGUAAGAUUCCUGGGACAUAUAGUAAAAGGUAAUACAAUCACACCUCUGAAAGACAACCUUAAAUCGAUAGCAGAAUUUACAGCACCACAAAACAAAAAACAAAUACGACAAUUUCUAGGUAAAGUAAAUUUUUAUAAUAAAUAUAUUCCUAAUGCAGCAAUAACUCUUGAUCCAAUACACAACUUACUUAGAAAAAACAUCAAAUAUGAUUGGUCGGCUGACUGUGAAGAUGCUUUCCAAACAAUAAAAAAAUAUUUAUGCUCAACACCAAUUUUGGCAAUUUUCGACAGGGAAGCGCCCACUUUUAUUUACACCGAUGCAAGUAUAAAAGGAAUUGGUGCAAUAUUAAAACAAACACAGAAAAAUGGAGAAAUCAAACCAGUUGCAUACUUCUCGAAAAAAUUAAACGCAUCUCAAAAGAAGAAGAAAGCCAUAUUUUUAGAAUGCUUAGCCAUAAAAGAAAGUUUAAAAUUUUGGCAACACUGGCUAAUAGGAAACUUAUUUACAGUUUAUACAGACCACAAGCCCCUAGAAAAUCUGAACAUAAAGAAUAGAACAGAUGAUGAACUUGGAGACAUGACUCAUUACCUAUCACAAUACAACUUUACAAUAAAAUACAACCCAGGCAGAAACAAUACAGAAGCAGACUGCUUAAGCAGAAAUCCAGUGUAUGAAAGCCACGAAAACGAGGAUGACAACUUGAAAACAGUAAAUAUUGUAAAGAUAGAGGAAAUAUUAGAUGACCAGAAAAAAAAUUCAGUUAUAAAGAAUAAACAAAAUUUUAUUAUAGAAAAUGGUAUAUAUUACAAGCAAAAUAAUAAUAAGAAGAAAAUUGUUUUGUCAGAAGACUACAGCAAGACACUGAUAAAAAAGGUGCAUGAACAUUUCUGUCAUAUAGGAAUAAAUCAGAUGGAGUCAAAAUUAAGAUCUUUGUACACAGCCCCCAAUCUGUUGGAUAAUAUUAAACUAAUUUGCCGGCAAUGUGAAAUUUGUAUUAAGAAUAAAACACGUUUGAAUAGAAAGUAUGGACUAAUGUCACAAUUGGGACCAGCAGAAAAACCUUUCCAAAUUAUGUCUAUAGACACAAUAGGAGGAUUUGGUGGCAACAGGUCUUCAAAAAGGUAUCUGCAUUUGUUGAUAGACCAUUUCACACGUUAUGCUUACAUUUCAUGCUCGAAGACACAACUGGCUAAGGACUAUAUAAAACUGAUGGAGCAAGUGACCAAGGACAAUGAAGUGGAAAUAUUGCUUUCAGAUCAAUACCCAGCACUGAAUUCAAAAGAAUUCAAAAAAAUAUUUAAAGGAUCACUCCGUUGAAUUAAUUUUAACAGCGGUGGAUGCCCCUUUCUCCAAUGGUCGUAACGAAAGAUUGAACCAGACGCUGGUCAAUAAAAUUAGAUGUGCUUUGAACAGCAAAGAAAAAAGAACUGCGUGGACAACCAUAGCAAUCGACUGUGUGAAAGCCUACAACUCAACAAACCACUCAGUAACAGGUUAUUCACCCUUAUAUCUGUUAAACGGAGAACCAACUGACUUACUACCAAUAGAACUAAAAAAGACACAAAUGGAACCUGAAGAACUAGAAAAAGACCGAAAAAUAGCAUUUCUCAGAUCAAAGAAAUCACAUGAGAUGAACAAGGCAAUUUUUGAUCAAAAUAGAAUAGAUUACAAAUUUCAAAAAGGUGAUAUGGUUUAUGUAAUGGACUGUAAUAAGUUGAACAGAUCAAAAAUGGAUGAAAUUAGAAUAGGUCCAUUUGAAAUAGAAGAAAUGAUAUCGGAUUCGCUAUGCAGGAUUAACACUGGAAAGAAUAAAAAGUCCUUAGGACUUUACCAUGUAACAAAGCUCAUUCCUAAGUUUGAUUACUCAAAUUAACCAUAAGUUAAUUUUCAAUUUUAGGGGGGGGAGAUGUAAGCUUUGUUUACUGUAUGUUGUGUAUACAGCCUAGUAUUAACUUUAUUAUUCAUGUGUACGUCGCCUAAAAGUAUGACACUGCGUAUAACAGGACAGCACACUCAAGGGAGAGUGAGAGAGAAGGCGGUUACAAAACGUCAAGUUGUGAGGGAAUUGUUAACCUGCUCAUUACCAUUAUAAUAGUAUUCUUAUAAAGACUAGAUUUAAAGUAAAUAAUAAAGAAAAUAGAAAAAGUAAACUUAAUUGAAGUGAUACAGUGUGAUCUACUAAUAUACUGGAUGUAAAAACCUUAAUUGUCGAUUUUUCUAUUUUAGGUUAGUACAUCGUGCGUUUAAACACGUGUUUUUCAUUUGAUUGUAAUAUUUAAGUGAUACUAACAUUAAACAUUUCUAUUUUAGAUAAAUCAAAA